CUGAAAAUUUUUCGAAUCAGUUCCCAUUGAGCUGUUUGAGUCGGUAAUCGUGUGCGAAGUCUCUUCGAUUUUUUGACGUUUUUGAAUUAGCGAUACAGUUUGACAUUGGUUGGACAUUCUCUAAUAUAGAAGCGAUAAUUUCUUUGUAAACAUUAAAAUGGUAAACGAACUCAAUAAGCCGCCUUCUCAGGAGAAUUUAGUGCUUGGUGAGCGUCUGCUCGCCUCUCAACGUCAGUUGCAAGAGAUGCAAGAAGAACAUCGACAAUUGCUACAAGAAAUGGAAAUACUGCGACAACGGGCAGCCGCAUUGAGUCAUUUGAAUGAACAGCAAUACGGGCAUGUGGCUGAUCAUCGCAGCGGUGGAUCAGUUAUAAACACCGCAGACGAAAAUACUACGAGUAUAAGCAAUCAAACGGUUGCCUCAGAGCAUGUCGAUUUGAACGAGGUGGAGCAAGAAAACACUAACCCAGCAACAUCAAUUGAAGCUGUAGAACAAACAACAACCGAUUUAAAUACGAGCGCAAACAAUAUAGAAACUACGAAUCCCGCUGCCACCGAUAACGAUGAAGACGGUGAAGAUCCCGAAACUGCUGAGUAUUUGCAGAAAAAGUUAGCUGAGAUUGCGCAAUUGAAAGCACGUUUUAAGCGAGUCCAGAACAUAAUGAGCACCACUGAUAUGAUAGAGGAUCAUAUCACCUCAAAGGCUAUACCAAAUAAAUCUGUUACAAGUGCGUUGGAAAAUUCAUUGCAUAAAUUACUCAUUGCGGAUAGUUUGUCAGACGUGCAGUCUCCGCAAGUCACUAGCACCACAAAUACUGAUCCAAAUAUUAAGCCAAGCGAAGUGGGUGUCAAUAAACAAGUUGACGAAACGAAGAACGAAAAUACGAUCAAUGACGACGAACAAACGCUUAACGCCUAUGCACCAUCAUCAGAAGCAGCCAACGAGGAGCUCCUCUCGGCCAUGAUGAAUAUGUUUAGUGAUUUUACAGCAGAUCUACGUAGUCAGGCGGACGAUUUGCGAGCCGAACGUGAUCGUUUGCGUGCGCUCAAGGAAGAUCUUUUGCGCAGAAAACGUCAGUCAUAAAAUGUUGUUAGUCAAAGUAAACUUUUUGAAAAUGUGUUUUUUGUUUUAAUUACAUGAUCCCAAUUUAAGAUCUCAAAGAUCCAGA